AUGCGGCGAGGCGAGGCGGAUGGGCGCAAGAGCGCUGGGGCGUUUAGACGGACGAGUCCAAACUGCGCAGCAGGAAAUGUGGGCGCACACGCUCUCGUGGGCGCGCGCGCCGCAACUCACACCACGCCGGCCACCAGCUCCGGAAGUUGCUUCGGCGCAUCAAAGAUUCGUGGGGUAGAGGAGGCGCAACAACAUGGCAGUGGGCGGUGGCUUGGAGAGGCGAGCAAGGCUAGCGUGCUGGGGAGCAAGCCCGAGGCAGUCUGGCGUGUCGAGGGCGGCACGGGGUGUGUGGUGUGGUGCGGUGCGGUGCGUGGUGCAUGUGUGGACGCUGGUGGGCAGAAAACCGAGGCGCAGGGAGAUAAGCAAUUGGUGCCGAGAUCUGUCACCAGGCCAUCAACGAAAGAUGCGGCCGAGCAAAUCAACGGCGCCGGGCGCAUCAACUCCCACCCCAGCAGGCCAAGGCGCAAGCCUAGCACGGUUCGGUAG